AAUCAAAAUAUGUGUUAAGCGCAAGCGGGAGACAUUCAGCGCACGUCUGUCGCUAGUUUCUAGAACCUUCUCUCCUCCCUCCGAGCUCAAUCCGCCGUUGAUCCCAAUUGGGUCAGAUCGCAUCUUCAGCCCUUCCCUUCCCGAGGAGAGAUCAUCCACCUGAAAAUCAAUGUGAUCGUCGAUCCUCUACUUUUCAAAGCUACUUCGCAUCAGAGCCAGGAGAUUGGUUUCAUCGUGUUGUGGAUUUCGCGAUCAUCUGUUGGAUUAUCCACUCUAUUUGAUGUGAAAUGGACAGUAUUCAUCCAAGUGAUGGACGGAUGCAUAUCGGCCAUGCACAGCAUUCGAUGCACACGCAAUCUGUGCAAGAACAGGAACACCAUGACUUGCAUUAUAUGAGUAAUGGGAAUGGAUUGGCUGAUGAACAUGAAAAUGAAGGUCAUGGUAUUAUGGUUGUGGAAAGGGAAGUUCAAUCGGACCAUGGUGAUCUUGCUGAGAAUCGUGGUGUAAUGGUGGAUCGAGGAGGCGAGAACUGCGACCAGCUCACCCUGUCUUAUCAGGGUCAAGUUUAUGUUUUCGAUUCUGUCUCGCCUGAAAAGGUACAAGCCGUGUUAUUAUUAUUGGGAGGUCGUGAAGUACCUUUGCGUGUUCCGUCGAUCCCAAUAACCAAUCAGCCAAAUGAUAGGCAUCUCACUGAUGAAGCGUUUAACCAGGCACUUGCCAAUAUUCCCCCACGUCUAAGUGUCCCUCAGAGAUUAGCUUCUUUGAUUAGAUUUCGUGAAAAGCGAAAGGAACGUAAUUUUGACAAGAAAAUUCGGUAUACAGUUCGUAAAGAGGUAGCACUUAGGAUGCAGCGUAAUAAAGGCCAGUUCACAUCUUCUAAACCCAUUCAUGAAGAUUCAUCAUUGGCCAUGGCGAGUUGGGAACAAAAUGAGAGCUGGAGUAGUGAUGGAAAUGGAUCCCAACAACAAGAAAUUCUCUGUCGACAUUGUGGUAUUAGUGAGAAGUCAACACCAAUGAUGCGACGUGGACCUGAUGGGCCAAGAACCCUUUGCAAUGCUUGUGGACUCAUGUGGGCAAACAAGGGAACUCUUCGGGACCUCUCAAAAACUCCAAAUCAGGGUGGACAAACUGCAACCUUCAAUAGAAAUGAGAAUGCUGUGCAGAAUGGAGAUUCUGAGUCCAACCCGAAAGGUGUUUAGAAUUGUGACAGAUGGCUAUGAGAUUGCUGUUGCGGAAUUUAGCAAAAACCAUACAUCUCUCCUAUAGAGAUUAGGUUGAAAUGAGUUAGUCAACAUUUGACAGAUUUAAAAUUUCACUGAUGGCUAUAGAUGGAUUCACACCCAUCAGACAAGAGGAACGAACCCUUGUAUCUUCCAAAGCUGGCUGCAUCGAGGGUGAACCGUGUACGCGUACUAAUUAAUUUAUUAGCCUUUUGUUUUAUCACAUUGUGAACCAUUUCAAAUUGUCAAUUCCUAGAAUCUUGUAAAUUAUCAUCUCCUGCGGGUGUACAAUGAAACGGUUCUUUUUUGUUUUGUUUUUCGUAA